CAACAAUGGCGGUAGCUGCAAUCUCGCGUAGUGUCGUCAAAAAGGUUCUAGCUGUCGAGACACCAGAGGGUGCUGGAGCCUUAGUCAGGCGGAGUAUUGGGUCUAUGGCCCUCAGGAAUCUAACGCCGUUCCUCAUGCUUGAUCACUUUCAUGUGGCAAAAGGCGCAGGCUUUCCUGACCACCCACAUCGCGGACAAGCAACCGUCACGUACAUGCUUGAAGGAUCGAGCAGACACGAGGAUUCUGCAGGCCACAAGGGAACCAUAGUCACUGGAGGGGUCCAGUGGAUGUGUGCUGGAAAGGGUAUCAUUCACGCGGAGAUGCCUGUCCAUUCUCCUGGUCAUCCGGAUCCCCGAGGUCUUCAAUUGUGGGUCGAUCUUCCCAAACAAUUCAAGAUGGUGGAUCCCUCUUACCAAGAGCUUGGACCUGAAGAGAUUCCAACCGCUUAUCCAGAAGGUGUCGAUGGUCCUGUGCGAAUCAAAGUCAUUAGUGGAAAGAGCCAUGGGGUGGAAUCACCUGUCAGGCCGUUGGGUGGUUGCUGGUACUUCCACGCCACGUUUAGCAGCAAAGGACAAUUUUUCCAGGAAAUUCCUGGUGGAUGGACCUCCUUCGCGUACAUUUUGAAAGGAUCACUGGCCAUUGGAUCUGUAACUGAUGCUCAUGCGGCUUUCCACACGCUGGUCCUCUCCGCUGAGAAUGACCAGAUUGGAGUUUCUGUUACUGCGCUGGAAGAUGGGACAGAACUUGUUUUGGUGGCCGGAGAGCCUUUGGAUCAAACAGUCUUCCAAUACGGUCCUUUUGUCAUGACGACGAGGGAGGAAAUACAGAAGACCUUGCUUGACUAUCAAACUGGAAGGAAUGGUUUUGAGAAAGCGCACACCUGGAAAAGCGAAAUCGGGAACCAGUAGAUGAUUUAAGUAGGCAUUUUCACAUUGUUUGUGUACUUCUUGUCAUUAUUUAAUGUUUAACGGGUCGUCAUCUCCGACAUGUACCAUUUUAUCCC